UUGGUUUUCCUCAACACUCACACAAAUUACAGAAGUAGCUACUAGUGGCUUGACACAACUCAGUCCAAUCUCUAACGCCAUGGCUCAAAUAGCAAAAAUGCAAGUUGAAGCUGAGAUCAAAGCCAGUGCUGAAAAGUUCUACGAAAUCUUUCGUAGCAAAGGGUACUUGUUGCCCAAGAUCUGCCCUGACAUGAUAAAGGACCUGCGGGUACUCGAAGGGGAUUGGGGAACUGUAGGCUCGGUCAAGCAGUGGACUUACGUUGCUGCAGGUAAUUCUGAGAUUGCAAAAGAGACGGUUGAAGCCAUGGAUGAAAAAGCCAAAUCAAUCACUUUCAAGACGGUGGAUGGAUCGCUCCUGAAAGUCUACAAGAAUAUGAAGGCUACGGUUCAGGUUACGGCAAAGGCUGGCGGAUGCAGCUCGGUGAAAUGGAGUAUAGAAUAUGAGAAGCUGAACGAGGAUUCUCCACCUCCCAAUAAGUAUCUGGACUUUGUUCUCAUUCUCAAUAAAAAGGUUGAUGCCUACCUUCUCAAGAAAUAAUGGAUCAUCCUUUGCAUGUGGGACUGGUAUGAUAUGUAUAAUAAAAGCUGGGAAGCUUUAAGGGUUUCCGACUACUUCUAGGAAUCUAGUUCUAUGCAAUUAAUCCUUAAAUUAAUAUAAGAUAUGUAUAACUUCCAGUUUUCCACCUCCAUUAUUGUACUGCUUGAAAAAAUAAAAAUAAAAAACAAAAGGAAAAGUAGUGCUAUUACAU